GUGAGAAGAGGGUGCCAGUGAUGCCUGGAUCGCCCGUGGAAGUGAAGAUACAGUCCAGGUCCUCUCCUCCCAACAUGCCGCCACUGCCCCCCGUGAACCCCGGUGGCCCCCGGCCGGUGUCCUUCACCCCGACUGCACUGCCCAACGGAAUAAACCAUUCCCCCCCGACGCUGAACGGGGCACCAUCCCCACCCCAGAGGUUUAGCAACGGCCCUUCCUCCUCCUCCUCCUCCUCACUGACGAACCAGCAGCUCCCGGCCACAUGCGGUGCCCGGCAGCUCAGCAAGCUGAAGCGCUUCCUCACUACCCUGCAGCAGUUCGGCAACGACAUUUCGCCAGAGAUCGGGGAGAAGGUCCGGACCCUGGUCUUGGCGUUAGUGAACUCAACGGUGACAAUCGAGGAAUUUCACUGCAAGCUGCAAGAGGCGACGAACUUCCCCCUCCGGCCGUUUGUGAUCCCCUUCCUGAAGGCCAACCUCCCGCUGCUGCAGAGAGAGCUGCUGCACUGCGCCCGGGCUGCCAAGCAGACGCCCUCCCAGUACCUGGCGCAGCACGAGAACACAAACACCACGUCCCCCGCUGACUCCUCCGAGCUGCUGAUCGAGGUGAAUGGCAAUGGCAAGAGGCACAGUCCGGACAGAAGGGAAGACAGCAGCUUUGAGAGGGAGCCGCUGCCGACGGAGCCUCCGGCCAAGAGGGUGUGCACCAUCAGCCCCGCGCCCCGGCACAGCCCUGCCCUGACAAUCCCCCUGAUGAACCCCGGCGGGCAGUUCCACCCCACCCCGCCGCCCCUCCAGCACUACACCUUGGAAGAUAUCGCGACCUCCCACCUCUACAGGGACCCCAGCAAGAUGUUGGAGCAUAGAGAGAUUCGGGACAGGCACGGCGGUCUUGGUUUGAAUGGAGGAUACCAGGACGAGCUGGUGGACCACCGCUUAACGGAGAGAGAGUGGGCUGACGAGUGGAAACAUCUCGAUCACGCACUGAACUGCAUCAUGGAGAUGGUGGAGAAAACCCGGCGCUCGAUGGCCGUGCUGCGGCGCUGUCAGGAGGCCGAUCGGGAAGAGCUCAACUACGGGAAGAGGCGGUGCAGUGAGACGGCCGAGCCGCGCAAGGCAGGCAGCGAGCUCAUCUCCAGGCAGCACAGCCCCAGCAGCUCCGACUCCAUCGGCAGCGAUUCGUUGCGGGAGUUCAGCAGCAGGUCGGGAACGGGCUACGUCACUGAGGAGAUAUGGAAAAAAGCUG